AUGCAAUGUUUCUCAGAUAUCAUAGCUUGUCCUUCGGCAGAGGUUCGACUUCAAGGCACUCUUCAUCCCAGUAGUAGGAACUUUAAUUUUGCUGCAGUGCGAGGCAUGAACCAGUCCUCAUAUAUGAACCUGAAAGCAAGGAAAGAACUUAGAAUGGAUAUGUUACAAUGGAUAGCUAAUUUCAUUGUGCAACUUGCCAUUGCAAUGUUCAUUCUGUAUGACAGCCUUGGUGCAGCAGUGAUCACAUCCGUAGUAGGAAUCGAGUGUGUUCUUGUGUUUGUUGUGCUGGGCACAAGAUGGAACAACAGGUUCCAAUCUAAUGUGAUGAAGUGUCGGGAUUCAAGAAUGAAGGCAACAAAUGACAGUAACUACAUGCGUGUGAUCAAAUUCCAGGCUUGGGAGGAGCACUUUAAUAAGAGAAUCCAGGCUUUCCACAAGUCGGAGUUUAGCUGGCUGACCAAGUUCAUGUACUCAAUCUCUGCCAAUGUUGUGGUUAUGUUGUGUACCCCAGUACUUAUAUCAACUUUCACAUUUGGCACUGCACUCUUAUUGGGUGUCCGGCUUGAUGCCGGCCCAGGACAUUGUUCAGAACCACAAGCAUCUUCAACAUUUUGUGGGAUCCCAUCAGGACCUUCCCACAAUUUAUGA